AUGUUUUUUUUUACACCAAUUUUUAUUUUUUGUGAUUUAAAUCCCAAAUUAGAAUUAAAGAGGUGUAUUAAUACUAAAAAAUGUGAUAAUAACUAUGAAAAUAAAAAUAAUUACUGUUGUGAAAAUGAAAUUGAUAUUAUAAAUAAAAAAAAUAAAUCAAAUAAAAUUUUUGUUAAAUAUAAUAAUGUUGAAGAAAAAAUAUUUAUGUUAAAAAAUAAUACAAAAAUAUUUCAAGGUGAUAUUAUUUUAAAUGAAAAACAGGUAGAAGAUUUAUUUUAUUAUAAAAGUGAUACAAUAAACAAUAAUUUUUUAAAUAAUAAUUUUUUAAUCGAUUUUAAUAUUAGGAAUAAAAGAAAAGUAAUGAGAAAUAAGGAAUCAAAAUGGGAUUUUCCAAUACCAUAUUUUAUAGGUGAUGGUGUUAAUGAACAUUUGGUUGAAAAAGCGAUAUAUUUUUUAGAAAAAGAUACAUGUGUUAAAUUUGAAAAAUACGAUCUACCUAAAGUUGGUGUGUCUGGUAUUUAUUAUCUUUAUGGAAAAGGAUGUAAAAGUUAUAUUGGUAAACAACCAGGUACAAUUUGGCAAGAGAUAAUAAUUGGAGAAGGAUGUAAUGAUGUUGGAAGAGUUCAACACGAAACUUUACAUGCUUUAGGAUUUUUUCAUGAACAAAGUAGAUUUGAUAGAGAUCGUUUUAUUACGAUUUUAUUAAAAAAUGUAGUUGAAGAAGAAAAAUAUAAUUUUUUAAUAAAUACACAUAAUGAAUCAGAUACAUUAGGAUUUGCUUAUGAUUAUGGGUCCAUUAUGCAUUAUGGUGUAUAUUCAUUUAGUAAAAAUAAACAACCAACAAUGUUACCAAAAGAUAUAUUAUAUAAAAAAACAAUUGGUCAUGCUGAUAAAGCAACUUUUUCUGAUAUUAAAAUGAUAAAUUUACAUUAUUGUUCGAAUUUGUGUCAUAAUGAAAUAAAAUGUUAUAAUGGUGGUUACCAAGAUCCAAAAGAUUGUAAUAAUUGUAAGUGCGUUGAAGGAUAUGGAGGACCUGAUUGUAGUAAAAUAGUGCCACAAGAAAUUCAAUGUGGUAAAUUUGUUUAUAGAACAAACGAUUAUGUAGAAUCUUUCACUGUUAAAGGAGCAAAAACAUGUAUUUACCAUUUUGUUGCACCUCAAAAUAUGAGAGUUGGUAUAAAAAUAUUAUUAUCUAGAAUGUAUCCAAAUAAGGAAAAAGAAUGUCUUUCUUUAAAUGCUGCUGAAAUAAAAUAUUGGAAUGAUAAAUCAAUUUCUGGAGCAAGAUUUUGCUUAAUUUCACAAAAUAUUUGUUUUAUUUCCCACAACCAUCAUGUAAUGAUAUAUUAUAGAAGUAAUAAAGAAACAAACUUUUUUUCAAUGCUAUAUAAAUCUGUUAAUAUGUCAAAUCAUAAUCUUAAGCAAAAAGAAAUUGAAAAAAGAUAUAAAAAAUUAAAAAAGAAAAGGGAAAAAUAA